AUGAUAUCAACCUUGAUCACCCGAGUUUCAGAUCAAUUACCGUUGUGCGCGUCAAUUGAUGACGAUGAUCUCGAGUUAAAAGAGCAAAAGCAGCAAUCAAAGUUAAUAAUUAGAAGGUUGAAUAGUCAAUCUGAACCUAAGUGUACUAUAAGCUCUGGAAAUUACAAUCUACACUAUCUUCUAGUAGACGAUAUCUGCAUAUUGACCAUAACAGAGAAGAGUUACCCGCAAAAGUUAAUAUUUAACUAUCUAGAUGAACUAAAAAAGGAAUUCUUUAACUUACACGCUAACCAAUUUAUCAACAAACCAUAUCAAUUUCAGUCAUUUGAGCUUUUCAUACAAAAAACAACGAGGUUAUUUGAACAACCGAGGCAAUUCACUCAACUCAACAGUGAGCUACAAGAUGUGACACAAAUUAUGAACAAGAACAUUAGCGAUUUACUCUGGAGAGGUGACAAUCUAGACAGAAUGUCGUCACUUUCAUCGAACUUAAGGGAUGAAUCAUUGAAAUAUAAGAGAGCAGCUAAAAAGGUAAACUUCGACGCUUUAAUAAGGAAGUAUACACCAAUUGGAGUAAUAGUAUUACUCCUAUUCAUCAUUAUUUACUACAAAUUAAACUAAUAAUCUUUCAAUUUCGAGCUUAAUUUGAUUAAUUGAUGAAUUUAAGUCCGUAGCUUGAUUAGUUGUAACAGAGGCUGCGAUGACUGGUCUAGAAACACCGCAUGCUCUACCCAAAGCGACCUUUGAAGGAACGAAAACAUAUGGUACAUUCUUGUCUUCACAGAGUAAAGGCAAAUGAAGUAAAACCUCAAUUGGUUCAGUAUCAGCGGUCAUGAUGAUGAACUCGCAGAUACCUCUGUUGAGAGUCUUCGUUGCCUCGUUUGCACCCUUCUUCAAUUGUGAAUAGUGAGAAGAUUGUUGGACUAAGUCCAAAAUCUUGUUGGUGAGAGUAGCGUCUGCUAAUGGGAAAGCUUUUGGGUUUGGUGCUGACAUUUUAGUAUCCUCGCGCUUGACUGCGUUCCUUGGAAGAUAACUUUGU